AUGGAAGGUCGCCGGAGGCUAACGCUUCUCGAUCAGAUGUCAGCAAGUGGGAACGGGAGAGACUUAGCUGGUUUAAGCCUGGACGACGUGUUGCUGGCCCCUGCAGCCAAACAGCCACCUCCAGCUCCUGCCCUGCCCCCAACCAUCUCGGGUCGGACUUUGCUCGAUAUAAUCCGAGACGAGGAGCCCAAGUCCUACCGGGCCCUGAUUGGCAAGAAGGAUAAGAAAGCCUGGAAGUCGUUUAAAGACCGCCUCCGCCUAAAACGCGCCGGCUCUGCUUGGGCCUCCUCCGUCCGUGUCCCCACUUCGGAUAUCCCUAUCCGGAAUAACACUGUUCACGGUUCCAAUCACCAACAUCUUCACCUUCACCUGAGAUCGCGUCGCAGCUCAGUGAGAUACGUUACGCCCGAGACAAAUCUCGACAUGGUUCAGCAAGUAGACGAGAGCAAUUCCGCGGGAAUGCGGCAGAUUUCGCGCCGGAGCUCAACCCGGUUCGGCCCGAACGCGUCGAUCCCGUCCGACGAGCCCGACUCGGACAGUUCGGGUCAGAACGGGCGGGCGCCGAUGUUCUCUCGUCGGAGUUCUGUCCGGUUCACGGCCGACGAGAUCGCGACAGACUCGCCCCGGCGACGGUUGUCGGCAGCGCUGGAGGAGGAGAGGUCGCUGUCGGCAAGAGAAGCGGUUGCGGCGCAAGUGGCCGCUGAGGCCGCAGCCGCAGCGGCGUCGGCCGAAGAGGCGGAAGCGACGCAUGGAGCGGCGCAAAACGACGUGCCGUCGGCGGAAGGGGAUGCAGCAGCUACGACGACGGAGGCGGAGCCGGUGAGGAUGUCGUUGAUGGACCUGUUGGAGGAGACGGACAGGCAGAUGGGGCUGGAGUCGAGUUACACCAUGGAUGACGAGGAUGAAGAAGAGUACGAGGAGGAAGAAGAAGAGGAGGAGGAACAGGCGGAAGUAGGGAAAAUAGAGUAUAAUUGCUGCGUGUGCAUGGUAAGGCAUAAAGGUGCGGCAUUUAUCCCCUGCGGUCACACGUUUUGCAGGAUGUGCUCCAGAGAGCUCUGGGUGCAGAGGGGCAAUUGCCCCCUCUGCAACAAUUUCAUCUUGGAAAUUCUCGACAUUUUCUGA